CUCCAUUCCACGAACAUGGAGUUGCAAAAUGGCCAUGGCCAUGAACACGGUGAUGGUGUCAUUGACUCCUUGGACAAGAGCCUUCCUUCUAUUCCAAUCGCGAUUUCUCCCAUUCUCCAACAAAACCCACACACUCACACCCCAUUUCCACUGCCGUCGCAAUUCGUCACACUCUACCUCACCCAUGGCGGACGCCGCCGCUGAAGAGGCUGCUAUCUCCUUACAGGAAUGGCAAGGUUGGGGCACCGCGUCUCCAGUCCCAACCAUGGUCACCCAAAUCGUCCAAGAUAUGAAAAUUCUAGAGAAAGAUUUCAAUGCCCAGAUGAAUUUUGGAGGCCUCGGUGGAAAGUUAAAGGGGAAUUUUGGUAUACAAGAAGAUAAGAAGCAUCGUGCAACCUAUAAGGCCUUAGGUGAUUCAGAGCAAAAACUACAAUUUUAUUCAGCUAGGCAAAUAGCUUGUCGUGUUCUUGGUAGCAAGGGUUACCUUUGUCAGAAGUGCUGGCUUCCUAAGGAGGAUUGCAUGUGUUCUAAAGUCACAUCCUCUUUGCUAGGCCCUGGAAUAAGGUUUUGGUUGUAUAUGCAUCCCAAGGAUUUCUUACGACAGAACAACACAGGAAAGCUUUUGUGGCAAGUAUUUGGUGUUGAGGCAGCAACUUUGUGCCUUUUUGGCAUUCCUGAACAUGAAGAAAUCAUGUGGAAUUCAUUCAAACUGGCAGGAAAAAGUAAGGUGUGGUGCCUUUAUCCCAACAAGAGUGCAGCUUGAAAAUCCGUUCCAGAUGCGUUUGGUCAGGAACCAGUUGCAAAUCAUGAAGUCACAUCAGAAAAGUUAAAAGUAGAUACAACUCUGCAUUUUAUUUUGAUUGAUGGGACAUGGAGCAAUUCAGCAGCAAUGGUUAGGCGCCUUCAGGAUCAAGCCAAGUUAGCUUGGGGAGAUGAGGACCUUGCUUGUAUAUCCUUGAAUCCCGGCGCUUCUGCUAUGCAUAAACUUAGGCCCCAGCCGUCUUGGGAUCGUACAUGUACAGCAGCAGCAGCCGCUGGCCUGCUCUCAGAGCUCCACCUUCUUCCGCAGGUUAGCUCCAUUGAAUUGGAUAAACAGGAAGAAGCAGUGGAACAUGCGUUAACAGUUCUAUUAGAAGCCCUCACAAAUAGACGCCUUCGCAUGGGAAGGUCCAUAACUCGAAAAGUGAGACAUACUAUUUAGAGAUCUAACCAAGUUUGUUCUGAGUCUGACAACUUAUCCAGUAAGCCUCUUACAAUUUUUUAAGUGAGCAAAUUCUCAACCCUGUACAUGUAGGCUCGAUGAGAAAUGGUUGUUACGUAUACAAGGAUUUUCCAAUUCCUUCACAUUAAUGUUUGACAUAGGUUUCAUGUCUUAAAUUUCAGUUCAAAGAAUGACUUAUGGAAUCUUCCCUCCAUUUACUAUAUGAUUGAUGCUAUAUCCUCCUACAUAGUCUUCUUGGUUACAGAGUAUCAAGUGAAACACAUUUAAUACCUUGUAAUCGUAGAAGGGAUUCUAUGUUUUUCAGCUACUAAUUAGCAGGAUUAUUAAGAGAAUGUUGUAGGAUUUUGAAUUAUUCUGACAACAAAGUAUACUUCUGAUGUACUUCA